UGCACUGAAAGCGGGCACACAAUUACCCGACACGGUCCGUUCGUCAUCUCAUUCGGAGGGAGUCCCUCUGCGGCUGUAGUUGCACUUUUUUUUCCCAACUCACCAGCUUUCAAAAUGAUCAAGAACGGACACCACCACCACCAAGUGAUCACAGCAGCCGGGAAAGACGCAGGGACGACCCCCGGCGCCGCAGUUUGCAGUCCCGAGAAGAGGAGGCGAAGGAUCCGGGUGUGGUGCGACGGCUGCUACGACAUGGUCCAUUAUGGCCACUCCAACCAGCUGCGACAGGCCAAGGCCAUGGGAGAUUACCUCAUCGUUGGAGUGCACACAGACAGUGAGAUCGCGAAGCACAAGGGUCCGCCAGUCUUCACUCAGGAAGAAAGAUACAAGAUGGUGCGGGCCAUAAAAUGGGUGGAUGAGGUCGUGGAAGGAGCGCCUUACGUCACCACCCUCGGGACCCUCGACAAGUACAACUGUGACUUCUGUGUGCACGGAGAUGAUAUAACACUAACAGUGGAUGGGAAGGACACAUAUGAGGAGGUGAAGAAGUCGGGGCGGUACAGGGAGUGUAAGAGAACCCAGGGAGUCUCAACCACGGACCUGGUCGGCAGGAUGCUACUGAUGACCAAAGCACACCACAGUAACAUUGAUAGUUCAGACUAUCAGCAGCACACAGACAACUUUGGAAAGGGGUCACAUGGUCAGAAGGGCCACAGUCCCUGGACGGGGGUGUCUCAGUUCCUGCAGACCUCACAGAAGAUCAUCCAGUUCGCUUCAGGCCAGGAGCCUCAACCCGGAGACACUAUCAUCUAUGUGGCAGGAGCCUUUGACCUCUUCCACAUUGGCCAUGUGGACUUCCUGGAAGCGGUGCAUAAGCUCGCAGAAAAGCCAUACAUUAUAGUGGGGUUGCACUUUGAUCAGGAGGUGAAUCGCUACAAAGGGAAAAACUACCCCAUCAUGAAUGUCCACGAGAGAACGCUCAGCGUCCUGGCUUGUCGAUAUGUUUCAGAAGUGGUGAUUGGUGCCCCCUUUGCUGUCACAAAAGAUUUGCUGGACCAUUUUAAGGUGGAUCUUGUAUGCCAUGGAAAGACAGAAAUAUAUCCUGACAAGGAUGGAUCCGACCCUUACGCUGAGCCGAGGAGGAAAGGAAUCCUGCGUACUGUUGACAGUGGGAACAGCCUCACUACAGAUGCCAUUGUGCAGAGGAUAAUCAAAAACAGGUUGCUAUUUGAAGCAAGGAACCAGAAGAAAGAGGCCAAAGAGAUUGCUGUGAUCCAGGCCAUGAAGCGACAAGAGGAGGAAAAGACUAAAGAAAGACCCCAGGCUGUGCUGUAGAGAGGCCCCAAACAAGCACCAUCAACCCGAGUGUCAGCAAAACACUGACGAGAUCAAUUAAUCUCAUGUACAGUGAAAAAAAAACAAAAAAAAAAAAUCAACCCUUUUCUAUGUGUUAUGACACCCUCCACACAC